GCACUUCCCAGAGCUGUUACUCCAGUCCGGGAUGUGAGUCCUGAUGCUGGAGGCUCCAGAGUGAAGACUGGAGUCUCUAAAGGGUUAACAGGAGGAGGCGCAGCAGCGGUCAGCUCGUCUGGGUGGAGUGAAGUUUAGACAUGUACUAUAACAAAUUAGCCAAGAGGAGAGCUCCAUGGCAGAGUGGAAAACACUCAAAGAAUUAAAAAACACAAACAUCCGAAGAAGACAAAGACGAACCAACGGCGGCCGGUAAAGACGCUCCAAACACCGCGCGGAGAGAUGAGUGAUGUGACUGAAGAGUCGCUGCUGGAUUAUUUCUACUCGGCCGGAGGCAAUUCAGGCAGAGUGAGAAACGCAGACAUACUGAGGACAUUUAAGCCUUUUAUUGGCCACAGUGACCUGCAGCUACGCGCUAAAUACAGAGAGGAAUUCAAGCUCAUCAUUGACCGGAUCGCUGUGGUUAAGUCGGAGAACGGUGAGAAGUAUCUUAUCCUAAAGAAGAAAUACCGGCACUUGUUGCAUGAGCGAGACACCAAACAAUGCGGGACAGACGGAGACCGACAGAGACAUCCGAGCCCGGCCAGACCGCCAGCCUCCGUACCGUGGGACGCCUCAACGUCUUCUCCUCACCAGAAGGAACAGCAAGAUGAGCCGAUGUCAUGUGGAGAGUCUGACGGCGCUGCAGAGGACCAGCAGACUCCACAGCUGCUUCCUGUCGUCCAAACCCAUGAUUCCUCAGCACACAGCAACGUGGAAGAUGAGCUGGACAGAGACUCGGGCUCAAAGGUGACAAUUUGGAUGAUUUAAGCUCCUUUCAGACAUGCACUGCCUUCUGUUUAUGAUGUGACGGCACAUUUCCAGAUUUUAGCACCAAUAUUGAUCUGAAAACAUAGAACAGAACAGAACACAGAAAGCAAAAGACAGCUUGUGCACCAAAAUCCCACCUUUCUCAUUCAAUUUGCACUACAGUUUCAAACCUAUUAGGCUACAAACAAAAAUGUCCAUAAAAAUUAAUCUUAUCUGCAAUAAAAACAGAGAGUAGCAGCGAAGCAAUACCCACCAA